AAAAAAACGUGGUUAUGUUGUGAAUGUUAAAAAAUGUGUGCUUCUAAUAAUCAGGGUUUUAAAGUUUUAAAGUUACGUUUUUCUCCAGAAAGUUCAUGUUCACACUCAAUAUUUGUAAAGGAACAUUCAGUUAGGACUCACGAUGAUAGUAAACCAUCAGGCAGGACAAUAUUUAUUUUAAAUUUACCCCCAUAUGCUACAAAUGAUAGUAUUGAACAUGUUUUUUCUGAAGCUGGCAAAGUUGAUUCUGUAAUUCUUCAGAGUUCAGUUAAUAACGAAGAAAAAAUAAAUAAUGGUUUUAAUGUUGGGUUUGUUGUGUUUCACAAACGUGAAGGGUUACUUAGGGCGUUAAAAUUAAAUAAUAUUAAACCAUUAUCAAAUACAGAACACACUGUCAAGACAGGGUUGAGUAAAUGGAUUGAAGAAUAUAAUUCAAAAAUUUGUGACCCAACAGAACUGCAAGAAGAAAUAAAUAAUUACAUGAUGGAAUAUGAAAAAAUUGAGAAGGAUAGUAAGGAUAAAAAGGAUGAAGUUGACGAUGAUGGGUGGACUGUUGUUUCCAAAAAAGGAAGAAAUCCUGGUGUGGCAAGAAAGGAGAGUGUGGAAUUAAAGCUGAAUGAAAAAGUUAAAGAAAGUUCAAAAAAGAAGGAAUUGAAGAAUUUCUAUACUUUCCAAAUACGAGAAUCUAAAAUGAAGAAUAUUGCCAAUUUAAGAAAAAAUUAUGAAGAGGCCAAGAAGAAAGUUACUGAAAUGAAAUCUGCUAGGAGGUUUAAGCCUUAUUAAUAUAUUUUUAGGUUUUUUAACUGUUUUUAUAAAAAUUAAAUCCCUUUUCUUUU